CCUGGCCACCGCCUUCCGCCGGGCCUCCCUCCUUCGGCCCUCUCGACAGCCGCUGCCGCCAUAUCUCCGCCGUCCACGGCGGAACCCUACGAGUACUCUGCCGGAAUCUGCAUGAAAGGGGUAAGAAUAUCCGGCCGCCCGCUCUACCUCGACAUGCAGGCAACCUCACCGGUGGACCCCAGGGUGCUUGACGCCAUGCUUCCCUACUAUAUUUCCCGGUACGGUAACCCCCACUCGCGGACCCACCUCUAUGGCUGGGAAUCAGACGAGGCGGUCGAGCUUGCACGUGCACAAGUGGCUGCCCUAUUUAACGCCUCGCCGAAAGAGAUCGUUUUCACCUCCGGCGCCACCGAGUCCAACAACAUCUCCGUCAAGGGCGUCAUGCACUUCUACAGGGACAAGAAGCGCCAUGUUAUCACCACCCAAACAGAGCACAAAUGUGUCCUUGACUCAUGCCGGCACCUCCAACAAGAGGGCUUUGAAGUGACCUACUUGCCUGUUGGCUCUGAUGGAAUAGUUGACCUCAACCAGCUUCGCACCGCUAUUCGCCCCGACACAGGGCUGAUCUCUAUUAUGAUGGUGAACAAUGAGAUCGGGGUGAUUCAGCCGGUUGAGGAAAUUGGUAAAAUAUGCAGAGAGUUCAACAUUCCUUUCCACACUGAUGCAGCCCAGGCGCUGGGUAAGAUUCCAAUUGAUGUGGAUAAAAUGAAUAUAAGCUUGAUGUCACUAAGUGGACACAAAAUUUAUGGGCCGAAGGGUGUUGGUGCUCUCUAUAUGAGGCGGAGACCGAGGAUUAGGGUUGAACCGCAAAUGAAUGGAGGAGGGCAGGAAAGGGGAAUCCGGAGUGGAACUGUCCCAACUCCACUAGUAGUUGGUUUUGGGUCAGCAUGCGAAUUGGCAAUGAAGGAGAUGGAAUAUGACAAGAAGAGGAUCACCCAGUUGCAAGAGAGAUUGCUUAAUGGGAUUAGAGCAAAAAUUGAUGGGGUGGUGGUGAAUGGAAGUAUAGAGAAGAGAUAUGCCGGGAAUUUGAAUUUGUCUUUUGCAUAUGUUGAAGGGGAGAGCUUGUUGAUGGGGUUGAAGGAGGUAGCUGUUUCAAGUGGGAGUGCAUGCACUAGUGCGAGCUUGGAGCCCUCAUAUGUGUUGAGGGCAUUGGGAGUGGAUGAGGACAUGGCUCACACUUCAAUCAGGUUUGGGAUUGGGAGGUUCACUACUGAGGCAGAGAUUGAUCGGGCCAUUGAGCUCACAGUGCAACAGGUUGAGAAACUGAGAGAAAUGAGCCCGCUUUAUGAGAUGGUGAAGGAUGGCAUAGAUAUUAAGAGCAUCCAGUGGACCCAGCACUGA